UAGAGAGCACUUCCCUCUUGGGACUUACUUCUUCUGAUUUACGGGACAGGUUAUAAGACUUGAUCUUCAAAUGCUGAGAUUAGUUAUUUGCAAAAUGGGUGUUUUGUGACCAGCCUCGUCCUUUACAACAGUUAUUUUGUGACUCGUGCUUGCUCCAAUGGAUCGCACCGCACAGAAUCCUGCAAUAAUGACAAGAGAAAAAUCCCAGAAGACGAAUCCCGGAAUUCGAGCACGCGUCACAAAACUACAUACUGUACGUUGGAAGGCUCCACCUGAGUUCCAUUUUUUUUUUCCUUAGCGGCGUUGGAAACGCGUCCGUUGCACGUGGGCCGUCACGCAGGCCCUUUCACAAAGCGAGACCACAGAGGCUGCCUGUGUUAUUAGGAGCAUGUACAGGUAGGGCCGGUGGUCUUCUUAGCGACGAUCCCGGCCUCGUUGCCAGUCUUGUUUCGUAGUCUCUUGGGUCCCUGGCCGGUUAUCACAGCGGGAGUUCUCGCGGGGUGGGAAAAAUAGCCGUCGUAACUUCUGCUCUCUCCUCGUUGCCGGGUUGUUUGAACAGCCUCUGGCAGAGCUGCUGGCCCGGCAAAUUAUAUUCCCGCGACGUCCCAGCGCCAAGCGCAACACACCGGUUGCGAGGGAGGGCAACUUCUAGGAUCGAAAGGGGCCGAGCGGGAUUCUUUGGCGGGGCGGAAAAAGCUCGGACACUUUUGUUUCUGUUGCCAGGCGCUACGCCUGCUGAGUUGAGUUUCCCGACGAGGUUUGUUCAGUUGGUACGGGCUCCCUCCUCCGGUCCAACUAAAUCCCAUGUGCGGGCCUGGAGUUUUUUUGUAUGUUGUUUUGUUGCGGUGGAAGAGUUGCUGGCUUACUUCUUGAACUUGUGGCGUUGGUCGGUAGUUAGGCCGUCUAACUCGGUUGGCUUGCUGCAGGAUUACGUACGUUCGAGACUCCGUUCUUUUGAACCGGCUGCUCCUCUCUCUGUUUGCCCGACACAACAGGAUGGCAAGUAAACAACUAGAUCCUGAGGGAGAAAAUGAAGAGGAAGAAGGAUCUGAGGCAGAUCUCCACACACAAUAUUCAGACAGCAGCUAUGUAUCUGAAAGCCCAGAAAUGUGUGGUGGUGGUGGCGGCGGUGGUCAUCCUACUCCUGAGGAUGAAAAUCGAGCAUCCGUUUACUCCAUGAAAAGCCAAGAACUUGAUUUUGACCAUCUGGUUACCUGCACAUUCUCGGUUUCAUUGGCUGUCCCACUUACUCUUCCAAUAACUAAACCUUGGCAGUCUUCUAAACCAGAGAUACAAAGAUCUGGAUCUAAAGCAAAAGAAGGAUUUAUUCCAAAAAUGCAUCGUUUUUAUCAUAUGGAGUAUUUUCUUCUACCAGAUGAUAUUGAACCUCGAAAAUUAGAUUUGGUAUUGUUUGGUCCAGUGGCUAAAUUAUUUCUGGAUACAGAAUCUAAGCCAGGGACUCCAAAAGACAAUGAACGAAGCAGAUUUAAAAAGCCACCCACGCUCAAUAUUUCAGUAGUAAAACCAUGGCUUGAAAAUGACCAGAUAUGGGUUUCAUGGAACCACAGCAUUGAAAUUAAUAUUACCAAUGAGUUUCUAAUAAAAUUAAGAGAACACAGCAUAAAAUUAAGGUUAUGGGAUACCAAGGAAAAGGUUUGUUCAAAAGCCAGAUUUUGUAAACUAAAGAGUAAUGUACCACUAUCAGAUCAAGGAGAAUUUGAAGGUAAUGUCAAGAAUAUGGUUUUGUAUCAGAGAGAAUUCUUACAACGUAAUGAAGCCAAACCCAGUAUCACAAAAGUUAAACCACUAGCACCCUUUGUGCGAAAACAGACAGAUGCUUUGUCAGCUGUGAGCAAGCGCAUGGAAAAUGAACCCAAAGCUAGUGAUCAAAAAUACUCUCGGAAAUUUAGUUUUCCACAGCCUCUUGUAAAAUCUGAUGAUUCGAACCGUUCACUGAGCACACUCAGUUUUUCUGGGAGUAUAGAGUCUUCUUUUAAAGAAAAAACCAUUCAGGAGGGUAAAACGAUAAAACAGAAACACCGUGCAUCACUGUCAAUAAAAACCAAUGGAGGUAAAUCGCCAAUUUCUUCAGACAGAAAGGAAAGAGUGUCUAUAGCUUUUCUUCACUCAGAAAAGAGGAGGCCAUCGCAAAAAGGUAAUGUUUUCAGUGCUGACAAGAAAUCAAAACAAGCUGCUCAGAGGUCAGCUGGUAAAGAAGCCGCUGCCUUGGCAGCCCAGGCAAGGAAGUUUGGAAUAGCAGUUUUGCGCCUGGACCUCAUGCCUCUUCUAGCAGGUGAAUGCUAUAUAGUCAGUCGAUGGGAAGAGAAUUCCCCCAAACUUAAUGAAGCAUACUUAGGUUUUGCUAUAGACAAACCUAUUAUGAGCGAGAAACACAAACAUGACUUAAAUCCACUGAUUAUUAAGAUUAAGUCUGCAAAAUGUCUACCAAAUACUCCCGUUCCAAUUGAAGAGUUGCAGAGAACCUGCACUCCUGUUUACUGCAAAUACACUUUCUACAAUAUGUGUCCCCAUUAUACACAAGGUCGAGAUCAUGGAACUGAUGUCUUCUUUAAAGAUAUCAAUGUGAUUCUUGUAGGAGCAAUAGACCCUGGAAAAUUCAGUGAAUACCUAAGAGGUCCAGACUUAGAAAUUGAAGUUCAUGACCGAGACAAGAAAAUGGAAGAUCUCAAGAUGACGCCAUCUUUGUUUGGAGAAGAACCAGGAGACAGCAAGCUAAGUGACAUAAGCUAUGUCACUUCGAGAUACAUGGUCCAGAAUUCCAUUACAGCCAAAGAAAAUAUUUGUAGCCUGUAUGGAGUAACUAAAAUCAACUUGAGCAAUUUAUUGCUAGGGGAAAAGACCUUGAAUUUCUGUGCACCAAUUCACAACAGCUCAGUUCAAGAUACAUCUCUAUUCCAUGGACAAAACACCAGUCCAGGGGCUAAGAAAACAGAUGACUCUCAGGUUGUUCAAUUUCCAAAUGGGAAUUAUGUAAAUGCUGAGUCAUACCUUAAAGUGAGAGUUGAAAUAAGUGUACCAUUAGGUCCUGCAGAGGAAGAGGGCGCUGCUGCUGCUGCAUAUUGUCCAUAUGGCUGCAUCAUUUAUCUUUUUGAUUAUAAUAAUACAUCAUUCUUACACUAUUUGAUGCAGGAGAUUACAGAAAUUAAUGCAGAGGCUUUCCUACUUGAUUCCUAUCCCAUAGAUACAACUCAAAAAUCUCUUAAUACUUUGAAACUGAAUCACAAACUUUCCUUAGAAGAGAUUUCUCUGCUAGAUAUUAUUACUGGGUUUCACAUAAUUGACGGGUCCAUUCACCUUCUGGUCCUGGAAGGUUUCAGAAAUAAAGCACUUAAGAGGAUGUGGAAUAAAAAAAUUGAUAGGGUGCAGGAAACAGAACAUGGGAGAUUACAGAUAUUCUAUAAUUCAAACCUGUCUUUUCACAAGCGGCUGUAUAUAGAUCUUGAAGCUAUCCUGCUUCACAUCCGUCUCUGCAAGCCACUGUCGAGCAUCAUGAAACAACCUUUGUUAUAUAUCAGGGAUAUGGUUCCUCAGCCGUGUUUUGAAGCUCUUUCCAGACUUGAUUACAUCUGCCACAGUAAGAAGCUAAGGGAAGUGAUCCAUUACAAUCUCUUGCCUUCAGCAGAAAUGAUUACAAUGUUGAGUCAGGAGUUUGGGGUUCCCUUGACUAAAGCUGAUAUGUAUGCAAGGGAGCCCCCAGAGAUCUUGGAAUCAUUCAAUAAAAUGCAAAAGGAUCCAAGCAUGAGGCAGUAUGGGUGUUCUCACUUGGAUAACCACAACAAGAAGUAUGUACUGAGAAAAAAAGAACAAGAGAGCCAGGCACCACGUAAUUAUAUCCAGUCCAAUAUUGAAUAUGUGAAUUUCCUCAAUGAGAUAUUUGAAAGAGAGAUCCCGAGAACUAUCAGAGCUUUCCCUUUUGGUGAAAAUGCUAUCUUUAACUAUAGUUGUCAGGCAUUAAAUUCAGCAGAAAUUGCAAAGAAGCUACUUCGACAAGAAAUGGCAAAGAUGCCAGGAAAAAGAUUUGCUUAUAAUGAAUAUCUGUCAGGUAUGUUUGACCCAGUGGAUGAGGACAGCAUAUUAAAAGAAUGUAUUCAACUGUCAAAGAAAUUGUGGUUGUAUCCUGGAGGGUUUGCAAAUCCUGGAUUUAAGAGCAGCGCAGACUCCAACAAACAUCCCCGUAGGCCUGAUGAGGCACGAGUGAUAGAAUUAAGAGAGAAAUGGCAGGAGAAUUUUUUCAAUGCUAGUUUUAUGAAGCCAGUUCUGGAUCGGGAUAGAUGGAGAUGGGACAAACGGUAUGCUGAUUUUGAGCUUUACCAAAAGCCUGUAGUCCAAAACCCGGUUCCUGACCCUUGUAGAGAAGAGCCUAAGAUACAAGCGUCCUUUAAUACUGGGCUGAAAGUUCAUCGGUGCUGCCCAGCAACAGAGCUUAUUUCUAGUGGACCCAAAGCCAGCUGUCAAGUUGCUCGCCUUCAGGGUCUCCUGAAGGAUAAACCAGUCAAGUUAGCUCUAAAGAUGCAGUCUCUUCCAGUUCUGGGAGUUUUAGGUAACAUGGAAGAGUGCAGUCCCUGUAAAGGAUUUGUUCCUGGUGCUGACAUUCACCGCAGCUUGAUGUCAAGCCACAAUAUUCCAUGCUAUGACAGGGCACACGAUGUAUUUAAAACUCUGAAAGGAGCAGAUUUCAGACUGAUUUGUCAGAAUCGUUCAUAUCAUUACAAGAGGUACCCCACACAGGAUUAAUUUUUGAAGAAACACAUCUCAGCAAAACAGAGAAUGAAGUGCCUAUUGCCUCACAGCUGAACAACUCCAUGACUGAAAUUUGAAAGAUUAAUAGAAGAGUUUUUUUAUUAGUUGCCUGUACAAUAAUCAGAAUCUAAUAAUAAAUUCAAACCUUCUGAAAAAAA